GCGUGAGCAGUGCGCAGAGCAAAGGCGGAGAGGGGCCUCUUGGGGUUCCGUAGGCACGAGGGGGCGGGGCCAGAGAGGUGCGCUGGGGGCGGGGCGGGGGCGAGACCCUGGCUCCGCCCCUAAGCGCUGGCGCUGGGCCCGGAGGGGCUGAGUAGCGACUUCGUGGGAUUGGCACCGCCACUUGCCCCGCAGCAGUCAUGGAGAGAGCGGCGGCUGGGCUGCUGCGUGGCAGCGUGCUGCUAAGAAGAAACUUCCCAACUUGCCUGUCUUCUUGGAAAACUCCUCCCCGUGUCCUCAAAUCUUCCCAGUCAGAAGCUCUCAUUGGUGUGACAAACCCCAGGCUGACCUCUGCCCCCCUGCAAAUGUUUACAGAGGAGGAGGUGAUGAUAAAGAACACCGUUAAAAAAUUUGCCCAGGAACAGAUUGCUCCUCUGGUUUCAAAAAUGGAUGAAAAUUCAAAAAUGGACACAUCGAUAAUACAAGGAUUAUUUCAACAAGGGUUGAUGGGCAUUGAAAUUGAAACAAAAUAUGGAGGAACAGGAGCUUCCUUUUUUUCCUCUAUCCUAGUGAUAGAGGAAUUAGCCAAAGUCGACGCAUCUGUGGCUUUGAUGUGUGACAUCCAGAACACAAUAAUUAACAACCUGAUCAGAAAAUAUGGAACAGAAGAACAAAAGGCUACCUAUUUGACCAAGCUUGCGACAGAAAAAAUAGGAAGUAUCUGCCUUUCAGAGGCUGGAGCAGGGAGUGAUUUGUUUUCCCUGAAGACCAGAGCUGAUAAAAAGGGCAACUAUUACGUCAUCAAUGGGUCAAAGAUGUGGAUUAGCAGUGCAGAAUAUGCAGGGGUCUUCCUGGUGAUGGCUAACGUGAACCCUGACCUUGGGUAUAAAGGAAUUACCUGCUUCUUAGUAGAUCGCGACACUGAAGGCCUUCACAUAGGGAAAGCAGAAAACAAAAUGGGGAUCAGAGCCUCUUCCACCUGCCCAUUAACCUUUGAAAACGUCAAGAUUCCAGAAGCCAAUAUCCUGGGACAGAUUGGCCACGGCUAUAAGUAUGCCAUAGGGAGCCUUAAUGAAGGCAGAAUAGGGAUUGCUGCACAGAUGCUGGGACUGGCUCAAGGCUGCUUUGACUACACUAUUCCAUAUAUGAAAGAAAGGAUGCAGUUUGGCAAAAGGAUAUUUGAUUUUCAGGGGCUCCAACACCAAGUGGCGCACGUUGCCAUCCAGCUGGAAGCUGCAAGAUUGCUAACUUACAACUCUGCUAGGCUUUUAGAAGCUGGACAGCCAUUCAUUAAAGAAGCAUCGAUGGCCAAAUACUAUGCAUCAGAGGUUGCAGGCCUCACAACUAGUAAGUGUAUCGAGUGGAUGGGAGGAGUCGGUUACACCAAAGAUUACCCUGUGGAAAAAUACUUCCGAGAUGCAAAAGUUGGUACAAUAUAUGAAGGAGCUUCGAAUAUCCAGCUGAACACCAUUGCAAAGUGCAUUGGCACAGAAUACUGAGGGGACGGGACCUCUCCCCCUGGCUGCUGGUAUAAAAUUCUGAACUGUCGUGCCUUUUGGGGGAAGUAAACCUCCACAGCCCUUAGCCUGUUUGAGCCCUUAGUCAUGGUUCUUGGGGUGGACCUUUCCUGUUAUCUGUUUCUCCGGUCUAUAUCAAAGAGGUACAGGAAAUCAUUUUUCAAAUUUGGGAAGAAAUGCAUCCGUAUUUUCUCCAGAACUGUUUUUAGAGUUGUAUAUGUAUUAAUCGGUCUUCAUGGCAGACGGAAGUUUCACUCUGUCAGCAUUUGGAAAAAUAUAUUUGCUGUAUUACUUACGGA